AUGGCCCAGCAGCUGGACCCCCAGGAGCAGGAAGAGCUGAUAACAACUGGCAUCAGAUUUUUCCCAAACUUUGGAUUCCGACAGACUCCUGGCCUCAAGAGUUUUGCAGGGUGCCUGAGCAAUGUCCCCAUGAUACUGCAGCUUCUCUCCUUCACACUCUUCACGGCUCUCCUGGUCUUCCCUGCAGGGCGCCUGAGCAAUGUCCCCAUGAUACUGCAUCUUCUCUCCUUCACACUCUUCACGGCUCUCCUGGUGGCCGUCCUCGUCCAAGUCUCCAAGAUCCCCAGCUCCCAGGAGCAAGUGCAGCAGGAGAUGUCCAAGGAACUAACUCAGCUGAAGGCUGGGGUCGCCCGCCUGUGCCGCCCCUGUGCCUGGGACUGGACAUUCUUCCAAGGAAACUGUUACUUCUUCUCCAAGUCCGAGCGCAACUGGCACGACUCCGUUACCGCCUGCGAGGAAGUGGGGGCCCAGCUGGUCGUGAUCGAGAGUGCAGAGGAGCAGGACAUUGAACCCAGUCAUGGGCACAUUUGUGUGCACACGUUCAGGACACGCAAGACAGAUAAGCAGGCAGUCCCGCCUGUGCCGCCCCUGUGCCUGGGACNGGGUCCCAGCCCUGACCCGCCUUCCCCAACAGCCCGCCUGUGCCGCCCCUGUGCCUGGGACUGGACAUUCUUCCAAGGAAACUGUUACUUCUUCUCCAAGUCCGAGCGCAACUGGCACGACUCCGUUACCGCCUGCGAGGAAGUGGGGGCCCAGCUGGUCGUGAUCGAGAGUGCAGAGGAGCAGAGCUUCCUACAGAGUCAGACUUCUGACAGUAAGCACCUCACCUGGAUGGGGCUCUCAGACCUGAAACAUGAAGGCACGUGGCACUGGGUGGAUGGUUCACCUCUGUUGAGCAGUUUCAAGAAGUACUGGAAUGAUGGGGAGCCCAACAAUAUCGGGGAUGAAGACUGUGCAGAAUUUAAAGGCAAUGGCUGGAACGACGUACUGUGUAAUACGGAAAAUUUCUGGAUCUGCAAAAAGCCGGCAGCUGCCUGCUCCAGUGACUGA